CGGUUUAACCAAACCGACGGGUCGGUUACCCGACACCAAUAAAGAGCCAAAUCCCCCCACCGACACUGACGCCGAUAUGAUUUUCAGUUAUCCGACACCGACACCGACAAAAUACAAUCGGUUGAUCGGUUUCCCAAAACUGAGUGCAUCCACCCUCUCGAGUCUUCUCUGCUCAUCCUUCUCUCUCCAUUCUGCGCCUCCAGGCUCCACCCAAUACUUCUCCUCACCUGCGAUGAACAUGCACGGAGCAGAAGUUGGACCUGUCCGGAUUUCUGAAUCCGACUGCCGAAUCUUGCCGCCGAAUCGCGUUGUGGAUGGCGGAGAAGGAUCUGCUUCUGCCAAUUCGCCAAGGAGAAACGGAGGAACACAGGAGGUAGAGGAAGAAGAACUGAGGGAUGGAUCUGCUUCCACUGUUCUGGAUCGUGCUUCGACAAGAAAGGAGAGGGAGAAAUCGCCGGUCAAAGUUCUCGUUCGUCGCCACCACGACCCUCGCCGUCAAAUCUUUCCGCCAAAUCUCACCAUUAGGAGGGAUAGAGGAACACAAGAGUAUGAGGAAAAAGGGAAUCACACCGAGGAAGGUGAGAUUGAAGGGAUUUGGAGAGUGACGAGUGAAGAAGGAGAGGUUUGGAGUUCAGGGAGAGGUAAUGAGGGGUGAUGAUGAGAGCAGAGAGGGAGAGUCUCUAGAGGUUUGCGGUUUUGGCGGUGCACCGAGAUUAUAUCGGGGUUGCAACCGUCGGUUGCCGGUUAGCAAAAAUCCCCCAAACAGCCAACCGAAGCCGACACCGAAUCAAUAUUUUCGGUUAUCGGUUCGGUGAAUAACCGCGAUUUUCGGUUCGGGCUUCAGUUUAACCGAAAAUCACCAACCGAUUAACACCCCUACCUAUAUAUAGAGUAUAAUGUGAACAAUUUUUUAUUUUGUAAUUAAAAUAUAGGUUUACCCCAUAUACAGUGUGUUUGAACUUUACUUUAACCUCCAUCGUUGUUAUCUCGAAAGCUAUGACGUUUGCUUUUACAAAUAGAAGAGUGUUAUUAAUAAACGUCUUGAUAACAA